AUGAUUGUCCCCGUUGCCCGUCUUUCCCUCCGCUCCAUGGCCAGACCCAUGGCUGCCCGCAGCUUCUCCGCUGCUGCUCUCCUCAGAAACAAGGAGGUCGAAGUCCCCAAGACUGCCCAGACUCUUGCUGAUGUCCGUGGCCCCGAGACCCUUAUUGGUCCUGGUGCCAAGCAGGGCACUGUCCCUACCGAUCUUGAACAGGCCACUGGUCUUGAGAGACUUGAAUUGCUCGGUAUCAGAGAAGGUAUCGAUGUUUUCGACAGAAGACCCCUUGAUGCUAGCAGAAAGGGCACCAUUGCUGACCCCAUCCUGGUCGACAGUUACGAGAACUACAGAUACGUCGGAUGCACCGGUUCUCCUGCCGGUUCCCACGUUGUUCAGUGGCUCAAGCCCACUGACACCAAGCCUGCCCGCUGCUGGGAGUGUGGUUCCGUCUACAAGAUUAACAACCUCUCGGUUCCUAUUGAGGGUGAUGAUGGCCACCACCACUAG